ACCUCUCAAAAACCUCGCUUAUCAAUCUAUGGCGCUAUCUUUUUCUUCUUCUUCUUCUUCUUCUUCUUUCCUCCUUCUCCCUCCAUUUCCGUCUAUCGUUCACCCCCUUAACCAGCGUCCAUUCGCACAAUUCAAAUCCUGGAAUUUUGCUCCCGCUAGCUGCUCUUUCGCUUCAAAACGAAAAGCUUCCAUUGUUGUCUAUGCUAAAGCCAGGGCUCCUUCGCUUUACCACACAACCACCACAGAGGAGGAUGAAGAAGAAGAAGAAGAGGAAGAAGAAACUGACACCGUCAAUAUAGCAGAGGAUGUCACCCAGUUGAUUGGGAGCACGCCAAUGGUAUAUCUAAACAAAGUGACAGAGGGCUGUGUAGCUAAUAUUGCUGCAAAACUUGAAUCCAUGGAACCUUGCCGGAGUGUCAAGGAUAGAAUUGGUUACAGUAUGAUAUCUGAGGCUGAAGAAAGUGGAGAGAUUUCUCCUGGGAAGCAUCUUGUAUUGGUGCAGAGUAUAUUAGUUGAACCAACAAGUGGAAAUACAGGACUUGGUAUUGCUUUUGUUGCGGCAUCUAAGGGAUACCAGCUUAUUGUUACCAUGCCUGCAUCCAUAGGCCUUGAAAGAAGGGUAAUGUUACGUGCAUUUGGAGCAGAAAUUGUUUUGACUGACCCAGAGAAAGGUUUAAAAGGGGCUGUUGAUAAGGCUGAAGAAAUUGUUCGCAAGACACCAAAUGCAUACUUGUUUCAACAGUUUGAGAAUGUCGCUAAUACAAAGAUCCACUUUGAAACUACAGGACCUGAAAUAUGGGAGGAUACUCUAGGCAAAGUUGACAUACUCAUUGCUGGAAUUGGAACUGGUGGUACUGUAACAGGCACAGGACGUUUCUUGAAAAUGAUGAACAAAAAAAUUAAGGUGGUUGGUGUGGAGCCUGCUGAAAGGAGUGUAAUCUCAGGAGAAAACCCAGGUUAUGUACCAAGCAUCUUGGAUGUUAAAUUGCUUGAUGAAGUUAUGAAGAUCACAAAUGAUGAAGCUGUCGAAAUGGCAAGGAGACUAGCAAUGGAGGAAGGUUUACUGGUCGGUAUUUCAUCAGGAGCUGCUGCAGCUGCUGCUAUCAGUUUGGGGAAAAGGCCUGAGAAUGCUGGAAAGCUCAUCAGUGUUAUAUUUCCAAGUUUUGGUGAGAGGUAUAUACCAACUGUCCUUUUUCAUUCUCUAUAUGAAGAGGUUCGAAAUAUGGAACCAAGAUAAUCGGGCUAUGUAAACAAUUUGAGCAUUUUUAACUUCUUCAAAUGCGGGCAUUUGUUGCAUCAAUAGGUAUAAUCUUUUAUAUCAAGACACAGAUUCUUGGUUUAACUUUCUGAGAAAAGCAGAGUGGCAAAAUUCCGUUGUAGAGA